AUGGUAGAUCCAGCAAGCAUACGCGAGUCGCCAUUGGCAUCGCGAGAAGAGCACAACUCGGCACCGCGUCGACCUUCCCUCCUCCCAGCCUUCGAGCCCUUCUCGAGCUCUCCCGGCGGUCUACCGCGCCAGGCCAGCUUGAAACGCAAGUUCGAUGACUUGACCGAUGAUAGAAAGUACUACCCAACACCCGUACCUACUUCGUCCACCGGUAUCCUGCCCUCAUCGCCGCCCUCGCGUCAAACGCGUCCACCGGAACUACAACGGGCCGUGUCUCAGUUAUCCGAACGCGCUCCCCUAGGAGAUGUACCAACUCUUGACCUACCUGCCAAUGGCGAGCCAGUCCUCAUGGGUCGAUCGAGCAACUCUUCAGAUUACCAACUUUCUGCCAACCGACAUAUCUCACGCGUGCACGUACGCGCUUCAUAUCAUUCUUCGGAUCCAGAAUACCCGGCUGGGAAGGUCGAGGUGGAGUGUCUAGGGUGGAACGGAGCAAAAGUACACUGCAGAGGGGACAUUGUCGAGCUGGCGAAGGGUGACUGCUAUGUGUCAGACAAGCCAAUGGCACAGAUCAUGGUGGAUGUUCAGGACACGCGUGUCAUGCUGGUAUGGCCGAAAGACGAGUCACGCGACCCACCUUCAAUUGGUUCUCGCUCACCUUGGGCCAUUGAGUCGCCGUCGAAAAGGAGGAUCGUGUCGGCGCCGCAGUUCGCGUCCAGCCCACCUGCCAUGCUGCCGCCAAGACUUCGAUCCCCAGUCUCACCCACACCUGCUGUCAGUGCUCUAGGAGCUACUUUCGCAUCAACAUUUCGUGGGAGUCAAGAUGCAGAGGGUCCCGUACUGGUAUACGAGGACCACAGCUCGGAUGACGAUGCACCUCACGAUGCCACACCCGAGCCUGUCGUUGACAGCUCACCUGUCCGAUCUGUUUCGUACUCGGCGCAGGAAGUGCCGAAGUCAUCACCAUCUGGGGACUUGUCUGAGCACGAAGAGUUCUCCGAGCACGAUGAAGAGAAUGAUCCGAUCGUCCACUCCUUCGGUCCGUUCGGCGAUAAUAUUCUCGACCGCUUCCAAUCCUUCCAGCCAAAGUCGCCAGAGUCUAAGCGGAAACCGCUAAAGCAGUCCUUCAGCUCCCCGAACCGAAGCAUGACAAAGCCCAUGACAAACGUCAGUCCAGUCAAGAACCACGUCAUCAAUCAGCUCGCUUUCUCACGUGUCCACGCACUGCCGCUAUCGACCAUCCACACCAACCUUCCAGCUGAGCUUCGGGGCGCCAUGGCCAUGCCCUCCGAUACCGAAAGCAGUCGCAUCCUGACCGCCUCCGACCUGAAGACACUACUCGAUGGUAUCCCUUGCGUCGGCGAGAUCAGCCGAGAGGGUAAAGAUGCCGCUGGCAAGUUGCUAGAGAGCGAGUUCUACUAUGUGCCAGAAAUGGAUGGCGACACCAAUCGACGGGAAACUGUGACUCAGAGUUUAGGCAAGACCAGUAUUCGUGCUGCACGGAAGCAGCAUAAGCAAUACUACUGGAAGAAACCCCGCCAUUAG